GGGAACCCUAGUUUUACAAGUGUGAAAAAUGAACCAAAACUAAAAAUUGACUUCGAAGUUCCAGAUUACACGUUCUCAUUUGGGUAUAAUAGCAUAUAUAUAUAUAUAUAUAUCAUCUAAGUUGUUAGCCGCAGCAACAAUGGCAGACACCUUUACCCUCUUCCAAUUUCUACUCAUUCCUAUCCUACUUUCUUUGUUUCUAUAUACAGAAAGAAUCAAGCUUGGAUCAUGCAGUGAAAUUAAUCACAAUGUUAGUUGUAUAGAGAUUGAGAGAAAAGCUCUUCUCAACUUCAAAGAAAGCAGUACAGAUCCUUCAGGCCGUUUAUCUUCCUGGAUAGGCAAAGAUUGCUGUAGCUGGGCAGGUGUGAGUUGCGGUAAUAACAGCAAUGGACAUGUCACUGAUCUCAAACUUGGCAAUCUGAACUCAAGUGAUCCUGAUCACGGAGCAGAUUAUGGUUUAGGUGGAGAUAUAAGUUCCUCUUUGCUUGAUUUAAAGUACUUAGAGUACUUAGACUUGAGCAGGAACAGCUUUGAAGGAAUCCCAAUUCCAGACUUCAUUGGUUCAUUUAAGAAAUUGAGAUAUCUCAAUCUCUCAUAUGGGUCUUUUGGAGGAAGUAUCCCUUCAAGCAUAGGGUAUCUUACAAGAUUAGAGUAUCUCGAUUUCGAGAACUGUUUUCUUGAAUCAAAUGGGAGUGAUCUCCAUUGGUUAAGGAGUCUUUCUUCUUUGAAAUACUUAAAUUUGGGAGGUGUUGAUCUCAGCAACACCGCAAAUUAUUGGCAUGAAGUUAUCAACAUGAUUCCUUCACUUUCAGAGUUGUAUUUACCAGCAUGUGGACUUUCUCUGCUUCCUCCUCUUCCAUUUGUUAACCUUACUUCGCUUUCGGUACUUGACCUCUCCAACAAUGGCUUCAACUCUUCGAUCUCGCCAUGGCUUUUCAACUUAAGUAGUCUUCGUUAUCUUGAUCUUAGCAAGAAUGUUCUCCAAGGAAAAAUUCCUGAUGAAAUUGCAGGGUUGAAUUCACUUCAGCAUCUUGACUUGUCUUCUAAUUAUUUUCUAGGAGGCAAGUUGAAAAAUCUAGGGCAGCUCUGCAAUUUGCGUGUUCUUGAUCUUUCUUUCAACAUGUUUGGUGGAGGAAUUGCAGAACUCACAAAUGGUUUGUCUAGAUGCAAAAACAGUAGCUUAGAGUUAUUGCAUUUGGGAUACAAUCAACUCGGCGGGCUGCUUCCGGAUUCCUUGGGACACAUCAAGAACUUGAAAUAUCUUGGACUUAUGAAGAACUUUUUUGUGGAUUCAAUUCCAGAAUCCAUUGGGAAUUUGUCUUCUUUACAAGAAUUCUAUCUGUCAGAAAAUGCAAUGAGAGGAAGAAUUCCACCUAAUCUCGGACAACUCUCUUCGUUAGUUUACUUGGAUCUCAAGAGAAAUCGAUGGCAUGGAGUCAUAACCGAAGCUCAUUUCGCGAACCUAACGAGUUUGAAGGAGCUGUCACUAAAUCAAGAAUCCAGAAACAUCACUUUGGUUUUCAAUCUGAGUUCUGAAUGGAUUCCUCCUUUUAAACUCACAUACAUCAACCUCCAUUCUUGCCUGGUAGGUCCUAAUUUCCCUGAAUGGCUUCGAAAUCAAAACAAGCUACAAUCUGUCGCCAUAUGGAAUGCAGGGAUUUCAGGGAAGAUACCAGAUUGGUUCUGGAAGUUGGAUCUGACUCUUGAUGUGCUGGACUUCAGUUACAACAAUUUAACAGGGACAAUUCCAAACGACAUUAAAUUCAAUCUGCAAGGUAUUGUUUUCUUGAAUGGUAAUCACUUCACAGGUCCCUUGCCAAUCUUGUCAAUCAAUUUGAGUUCUUAUCAUUUGGAUAAUAAUUCUUUUUCUGGACCAAUUCCCGAAGACUUUGGCGAAAAAAUGCCAAUGUUAUCGGAUAUAGAUAUCUCUUUCAACUCCCUCAAUGGCACCAUACCCUCGUCUAUCGGAAACAUGACUUCCCUACUGACAUUCGUUGUCGGAGACAAUCAUUUGACUGGGCCAAUUCCUGAUAUUUGGAAUACAACACCAGAUCUGUAUCUCAUAGAUUUGUCGAACAAUGAUUUGUCUGGUGCAAUUCCGACUUCUUUAGGCUCUUUAGCUGCACUUCAGUUUGUCAGACUAAGUAACAAUAAUCUCUCAGGUGAAAUUCCAUUGUCCUUGAAAAAUUGCCCAUUAACAACUCUUGAUCUUGGAGUUAACAGACUCUCAGGCAAGAUACCAACAUGGAUAGCAGACAAGGAUGGAUCAUUGUCGAUUCUAAGCCUACGAUCAAACAUGUUUAAUGGUCAAAUUCCAAGGCAAUUAUGCAGCCUUUCGUCACUCCACAUUCUGGACCUCGCAGACAACAAUCUGUCAGGCUCAAUUCCCUCCUGCAUCGGCAAUCUGACCGCGAUGACAACCAGUGCGGCCGGAGUCAAAUACGAGGGGCAGUUAUGGGUGGUGGCGAAAGGGAGAGAUAUGUGGUUUGACACUACUCUUUAUCUUGUAAACAUCAUAGACCUUUCAAGCAACAACCUAUCUGGAACUAUCCCUGAAGGAAUUUCAAGUCUUUCAAGAUUAGGAACCUUGAACUUGUCCAUGAACCAUUUAACAGGGAAGAUACCUGCCAGCAUUGGGUUCCGGUUGAAGAUUAUCGAAACAAUAGAUCUGUCAAGCAACCAAAUUUCAGGCACCAUUCCUCAAACAAUUCCAGGCUUGACUUCAUUAAAUCACCUCAACCUUUCACACAACAAUUUGACUGGUAAGAUCCCAUCAACCAACCAGUUUGCAACCUUCACUGAUCCUUCUGCAUUCGAAGGCAACCCAGGGCUAUGCGGAUUCCCUUUGCCAAUCAAUUGCAGUGCUGAUGAUGGAGGAAAUCAUGGUGGAGGAAGUGAAAAUGGUGGGGGAGAAAAGUUUGAAAUGCAGUGGUUUUGGUUUGGGGUUGGACCAGGAUUUGCUGUGGGUUUCUGGGUAGUGUUGGGAACUUUGAUGGUGAUGAGAUCUUGGAGGAUUGGGUACUUAAAGUUUGUUGAUAAAAUAGUAGAUAGGAUAAUUGUGGUUGUUAAGUUGAAUUUAGCUCGCUUUAGGAGAUUUGUAAAAGGGAAAAGAGGACACUAGAAAUUAUUAAGACCUGUUUGGCCAAGCUUUGGUUCUGCUGCAAAAGUUGUUUUUAAGUGAAAAUGCUUUUGAGGUGACAUUUGUAUACCAUUUGCCUAGUCUCUGUACUCGUCCGCUGACUCCAUUCUAAUUCGAUACGAAAAUCUCAUACUUCACACUUGCAAUAAUAUAGUUUAGUCUUCAUUU